AUGGCUAGUGUAGCUGCAUGGCUUCCAUUUGCUCGGGCAGCUGCUAUCGGUUGGGUUCCAUUAGCAAAACAUCCUUUACCACCACCACCAUUUCGUAUUUCAAGACCUGGUGUUUCACCAUCGUCACCAUCAACAUCGACAACAUCAGCUACGACAACAAGCAUUGGUGAACGACGUUGCGAUGAAAAAAUUAUAAUUAAUGUUAGCGGUCGCCGUUUUGAAUGUUGGCGUUCAACAUUGGAAAAAUAUCCCGAGUCAUUAUUAGGUUCAAAUGAAAAAGAAUUCUUUUAUGAUGAAGAUACACGCGAAUUUUUUUUCGAUCGUGACCCUGACGUAUUUCGUGUCAUAUUAAAUUUUUACCGUACUGGCAAAUUACAUUAUCCAAGACAUGAAUGUAUUGCUGCGUAUGAUGAAGAAUUAGCUUUUUUUGGAAUUUUACCCGAUAUAAUUGGUGAUUGUUGCUAUGAAGAUUAUCGAGAUAGAAAACGUGAAAAUACUGAAAGACUUAUCGAUGAUCGUCUUCAUGAAGAUGAUGAUAAAAUUCAACCGAAGCCGCUAUCAUCACGUGAGAGUAUGUGGCGUGCAUUUGAAAAUCCAAAUACAUCAACUAUGGCAUCCGUAUUUUAUUAUGUAACGGGGUUUUUUAUAGCUGUUAGCGUGAUUGCAAAUGUCUUAGACACAGUAGCUUGUGGCCCUGAUCCUGAAACAGGCUAUUCAAGAUCGUGUGGUGAACGUUUUUCUCGUCAAUUCUUUUGCCUUGAUACGGCUUGUGUCAUGAUUUUUACUGUUGAAUAUUUUCUUCGUCUCUAUGCGGCACCCGAUCGGUUAAAAUUUGUUCGAUCUGUUAUGUCUGUUAUCGAUGUUGUUGCUAUUAUGCCAUAUUAUAUUAGUUUAUUUAUGCCACAUAAAGGAGAAGUUAGUGGAGCAUUUGUUACUCUACGAGUGUUUCGUGUGUUUCGUAUAUUUAAAUUUUCACGUCACAGCCAGGGUUUAAGAGUAUUAGGUUAUACAUUAAAAAGUUGUGCCAGUGAACUUGGCUUUCUAUUAUUUUCAUUAACGAUGGCAAUUAUUAUAUUUGCGACGGUUAUGUAUUAUGCCGAGAAAACUGUCGUAAGUACGAAGUUUACAUCUAUACCGGCUGCAUUUUGGUAUACAAUUGUAACAAUGACAACGCUCGGGUACGGUGACAUGGUUCCAAAAACUUGGGCAGGCAAACUUGUUGGUGGUGUAUGCAGUUUAAGUGGUGUACUUGUCAUUGCUCUUCCUGUGCCUGUUAUUGUAUCGAAUUUCAGUCGUAUUUAUCAUCAAAGUCAACGAGCAGAUAAGAUGAAAGCUCAAAGAAAAGCCCGACAAACACGUAUACGUUUAGCACGUAAUGCAACAAGUAAUGCGUUUGUAGCAGCUAAAAGACGUCAUGAACAACAUUUUGACGAUUCGAAUGCGUCUGGUGAUAAAAAUAUUGUUAAUCCAUUCGAAUCACAACAUCAUCAUUUACUUCGUUGUCUAGAAUUAACAACUGAUCGUGAAUUUGUUGAAAUGGGUCCAGAUAUGUUAAUGAAUAGUGGUGGUGGAGCAAGUCUUGCUGCGGGUAAUAGUGCUAUGGCUGGUUUCACAAAUUUCGGUUCACGAAGUGGUCGUUUUCUAUUACAUCCUCGAGCAUGGUGGUGUUGUAAAUCGCGACGAAGAAGAAAAAAUUCCUGCAAAUUCAAUAUCGAGCGCAAAAAUACUAAUAAUGCGAACGCCAGUGGAGAUGAAAUCGAUGCAGAAAUCGGCGAUUUUCAAUUACCAUUAACGAUAAAUCCAUACAAUUCAUCAACACUAUCUCCAAAUAUUAUUAUUCCACCACAAGAAAUGCCCUAUCAAGGAAAUUCAACUUCAUCAUUACAAUACAAUGUUGUCCUUCAUUCCAAUGCCAAUGAACCAUUGUUACCGGCGACAAAUCGUUUCGAUCUAAAUCUUCCAUUAGGCACAGUUAAUCGAACCCAAUUAAAUCGUAAAGCAAAUAGUUUAAUGGCAGUUUAUGAACAUAGUUCAGUGAAUGAUACAGGAAAAGGUGAAUCGGCAUCGAAAUCUGAUACAUAUCGUGCACGAUCACCAUCGAGUGUUAGUGAUUCAACAUUUCGACGAACAACACACGUUCAAAUAAUCGACAAAGAUACACACGAAGCAGUAUGA